AUGACAGCGACAACCGCACCUCCAUCACGGCCGCCCAGCUUUCUCCCUUAUCGCUAUAGCGGGUCCAUGCUGUCCAUGCCUCGCUCUGGCGAGUCAUCUCACACCAACCUCUUCACAUCGUCUUCGUCCACCAGCAGUACCAGAGACACUCCCGCACCAAGGAUGACUUUCACCAUUUCCUCUCCAUCUUCGAGUCGGGCUGCUGAUCCCGCUUCACUUGCACCUGCAACCAGUCCGAAUAGCGAUGAGCACCACGCCGAUCCAUCAACUGGUGGCGUCAAGUACGCUUGCGCCUCUUGCAUCCGUGGCCACCGCACCUCUUCCUGCACACACAAGGAUGGUUCUAAGGGUCCCUUGUAUCCUAUCCGCAGCAAAGGCAGACCACCAACCCAAUGUGAGAUUUGCCGCAAGAAGCGAAUGGAGAGUGGCAGGCACGUUCGCUGCGACUGCAUCGGCAAGAAGAACCCGGCAUCAACAUCUUCAACAGCCUUGACGUCGACAACGACAGCUUCGCACCCUCAAAAGAGAGGCUCGACUAUCAACACCCUUGCUCCCAUUCUGCCCAGCACCACUGCACCUACGUCGUCUCGCCGAGUCAGCGAUUGCAGCGAAGAUGCACGACCAGCGAAGAGGUCCAAGCUACAUGAGGUAGCCAGGGCGACACAGGCCAAGAACGCCAUGUCAGCACGCAGGAUCAGCGAUACAGAGUCAGUUGACAUCUCGAUAUCAGAUUCGUCGGCAUAUGACAACCUCCUUGCUCCCAUUCGUCCUCCUCACGCUCAACAUUUCUGGAGUCUGCCCAGCAUUCACACGGCUCAGACUGUUGCUCGACGCACCGACGGACACAGCACCAUGCCUCAAACGAUUGAUCCUUUUAAGCCUCGUCGCUCCUCGACCCUUUCGCUGUCCAACCUCAUGAACCCUUGUGGUUGUCGCAGCACUGGCUCAUGCACAUGCUGCUCCGAAAAACGGCAACGCAAGCUGCCGAUUUCGCCCAGGCAGCAGACCAGCAAUCUCGAAGACUGCGACCCAAGUCGUUGCUCUUGUUCCGGCCCUUCCUGUCGUCAAGCCAAGCGCGCCUCACCAACUCGACAGAUGCAAUCCAUGCCAUCUACGGAUGUGCCCACGUCGAAGCCAGCUACAAGCAGCUGCUGCUCAGGUAAAGGCGCUUCAGCAUCAACAGCAUACAGCAUCGAGCUUCUGCUACAAGCCGUCGAUAUGUCGACUGAGUUUGUCCCUCCUCCCUGUGGAUGCGGCGAGAACUGUCGAUGUGCGGGUUGUCUCGCCAAGCAGGGCGCCUCGGCUGUUCCUACUCACGAGGUUCAGCGUGCACCGAACACUAUGACUGCUUCCUCGGCCAGCCCCAGGACAUCUCCAGCCACGACGGCUAGUCAACCUGCUGCAACGACAUCGGCUAUCAGUGCUGUUGGGUGCGAUGAUUGUGCUGCCUGCGAUCUGGCCCUUGAACGUCCCUCCGGUAUCGGCGCCGUCGACAGCUGGAUGGAGAUGCAGCGCAAUGCAUCCUCACCAGCUAGAAACCGCUCAUGGUCCAUCGAGAGCGACCAGCAUCGCGCUUCGAGCACAGUCGCAAGUGUAAACGCUAGUCGUCGUACUUCGCAGGCCGAAGUUGCACCUCUCUCUGAGCAUACAGCCGACGGUCCCAUCCACGCUGCCGUUCCAACUCUUCAUGGUGGCCUCCUCGCUUCAGAUUCCGACAAGGAAGGAGCAGACCAAGAGGCAAACGUAGAAGUUCAUGCAGAACUCGUCCUAGUUCAUCCCAAGUGCUCUGCUUGUCUCAAAGUCGUAAGGGAGAAAGGCGUCGGUGUUCUCAGUGCCGCAAAGUGA